CUUCUUUUUCAACUUCUUCCUCUUCUUCUUCUUCCCCUACUCCUUCUUAUUAAUAUUAUUAGUAGUAGUUGUUGUGUUGUUGUUCUUCUUCUCCACCUCAUUCCAAUUCUUCUAAAUUAUUAUUAUUAGUAGUAUUGUUGUUUUUGUUGUUGUUUUUCUCCUCUUCUUUUUCUUCUUCUUCUUCUUCUUCUUAUUAUUAUUAGUAGUAGUAGUGUUGUUUUCCUCUCUUCUUCUUCUUAUUAUUAGUAGUGUAAGGUGUAGUUAUAGUGGGUUGAUAUGAUUUAUUAAUAUUUUAAGUUAUUUAUCUGAAACAUACACAUGUUGUGAAGGACACCAACGCCACCCCAGUCGUGGAAUCACACAGUAACAGUAGUAGCAGCAGUAGCAGUGUUAAACCCUAUUCGGAUUAGAUUACUUUAUCAUUGGGACAUCUGUAAUACAAUUGUUUACACAUCAACAUCAGUGAUAAAACUCUCGCACCUGGACAGCAAUAAAAUAAUCACAGGAGCAGUGAGUUUCUAUCUAGUGGGUUGUAUUUUCUAUUGACCCGGAUGUUUGCGUCACACUGUUAUAUGAUCCACGCUCCAUGAGUGCCUCUUCCAGUAGUCGAAGAGGCACUGGAGUACAGAAGAGACACUGGCUCUUAUUUCGGUUUGGGGUGAACCAAAGUGCCAGAAACAGUCUGAAAAUACAUUAAAUCAAUAGUCACAAUAUACACUCGGGCGGCUGUGGCUCAGGUGGUAGAGUGGGUUUCCACUAAUCGUAGGGUUGGCAGUUUGAUUCCCGGCCCACAUAACUCCACAUGCCGAAAUAUCCUUGGGCAAGACACUGAACCCCAAGUUGCUCCCGAUGACAAGUUAACGCCUUACAUGGCAGCUCUGCUACCAUUAGUGUGUGUAUGAAUGGGUGAAUGAGAACCAGCGUAAAGCGCUUUGGAUAAAAGCACUAUAUAAGUGCACCAUUUACUCCUGGGCAAAAAUAUUAAGCUUUUAAUGAUCUAAACAUCAAAUUAUUGGUCAGAAAAUUAGCAAGAAUGAAACAAAUGCAGUCCUGAGACCUCCUGUGCCACCAUAUGCUUGUUUACUUUUGCUGCAGUGAAGUGUUUGGGGGAAAAGACAGAAACUCAUAUACUGUAGUCCUCUUGUACACAAAGGUAAAAUCAUGAUAAUUAUUCAAACGUUUGAUGUACAAUUCCAUCUAACACAUGUCUGGCUGUACAAAAAUAACAUAAAGUAAAAAUAAGUUCAAAUGAAUCAAAUAAAAAAAUAAAGUAAAAUAAAAAGCUGUCUGAAAGUUUACCCACAAGGUUUAAACAUUUAAAGGGAUUUACAGAAAUCAAAGGGACAAGCUAUCCCAUGCUAAGUUACUUACUUCAUGCUCAUUUUCUGACCAAUAAUUUGUUGAUAAGAUCAUUCAAAGCUUAAUAUUUUGCCAUUUUGGGCUUGGCCCAUUUUUGUUACCCAGAAGUGUAUACAAGAAGCAUCCAUUUUUCAUUGUGUGUUUAGGAACCCUGCUGGAAAAAAAAUUUAAACCAUUACAGAAAUUCUUAUGGUUUUAACGGUUAUAAUGGGAACUGUAUUGGUUUUAAUGGAAACUAUAAUGGUCCGUGUGGGUCUCUACUGGUAAUGUGUUGGGUUCUAUUGAUGGCAUGUUUAUGUCUAGUGGAAACCAGUACAAACCAUUAAAAUAGAAUAUGGCCCAAAACACACUACUAUGUUAAUGGUUUUAAUGGUAUUUGUAGUGGGAACUAUUAGAAUUUCUGUUAUAGUUUCUAUUGUUUUUUUGUUCAGCAGGGAAGUGUUUAAUAUCUAGGGGAGGGUCAAUGGUGCAUGUGCAACAAGACUGAAUACAGCAAGUAGCAGUGGUCAAAAAUCUUUUUUUUUUCUUUCUCUCUAAAGUGAGGUGCCGUCUUCACAGAAAAUCAUAGACAUAUAUCUGGAUGUAGGUAAUUUGGCCUGUAAUUUUCUCACAGGAGGACAGAAAAAAAAAUAUAGACAGGGCCGAUCUGGACGGAAAUAAAAUCCCCAAAGAGCACCUGUAAAAUAGGAAAUUACCCCAUGGAUCCCUGUACAUUUAAUCCUGUUUGGACAGGGCGUUAGUGCUACUACUGAUGAGGUGAGAGGUGGGCGUGGCGCUCGGAUCUCCACCUGGUUUGGCGCUUGGCUGAGUUUUGCCCCUUAGGGCUUUCCAUACUGAGUUUCAGAACUCUUCACUUCAGCGGGUAAGAAGCGCCCGAUUUCCUGGUACGAGGCACAAUGGGCAUUUCUUUGAACUGGGGGAGAAUGACUCGAAUAGACGACAGCGGAGAUGAAAACAGGUCAUGAGUGCAGUGGGGAUAACAUCUGUGGAUGAACAGCCUCACCCGGAGCUCACCUGUCUACCACAAACCAGCCUCGCAGUAUGACGUCUGACAGAGAGCAGGAUGCCGCUGUGAAGUUGGAUCAGGAACGGGCUGAAAUUGUAGCCAGAUAUGACGAGGGUGUGGAAGGUGGUUCGGUUGAGCCGUGGGAGGAGGCGAACUAUGACCUCUACAAAGUGGUGGACCGCUUCGGCUUCCUGCAUGAAAAUGAACUUCCAGCCUUCAAUGCCAUGGAGGAAAAGCAAAAGCAGCUGGAACUGGAGAGGACAGAAAAAUGGCUGAAGAUGCUGAAAAGCUGGAACAAGUACAAGAACAGCGAGAAGCUGGUAAGGAGGAUCUAUAAAGGAAUCCCACUACAGCUUCGAGGACAGGUCUGGUGUCUCCUCCUUGACGUCCCCAAAAUAAAAGAGGAGAAGAAGGACUUCUACGAGAAGCUGAAGAUGAGAGCAAGAGGUUUGUCCCCUGAUAUUCGUCAAAUAGAUUUGGAUGUGAACCGCACAUACAGAGACCACAUCAUGUUUAUGCGGCGCUAUGACGUCAAGCAGCAGGACCUGUUCCACGUCCUCACGGCGUACUCCAUGUACAACAGGGAGGUGGGAUAUUGUCAAGGUAUGAGCCAGAUCACCGCUCUCCUCCUGAUCUAUAUGAAUGAAGAGGACGCAUUCUGGGCUCUGGUCAGGCUGCUAUCUGGACAGACACAUGCGAUGCACGGAUUUUUCGUGCCAGGUUUUCCAAAGCUGCUGCGCUUCCAAGAGCACCAUGACCGUAUCCUGAAGAAGAUGAUGCCUAAACUUAAACAACAUCUAGACAACCAGGAGGUUUUCACCAGUCUCUAUACCAUGAAGUGGUUCUUUCAGUGCUUUCUGGAUCGUACCCCUUUCACAUUAACCCUCAGGAUAUGGGACAUCUACAUUCUAGAGGGAGAGCGAGUUCUGUCUGCGAUGUCCUACACCAUCCUCAAGCUCCACAAAAAGACUCUGAUGAAGUUCUCCAUGGAGGACCUUGUGGAGUUCCUCCAAGUUACUCUCUCGAAGGAUUUCUUCUUCGAUGAUGACUAUGUAAUCGAGCAGCUCCAGAGUUCCAUGGCUGAACUCAGACGCGCCAAACUAGAGCUUCCUCCUCCAGGUAAAGACGAGGAGUUUCCUACAAAGCCACUGGGCCAGCUUCCACCAGAGCCUGAGGGAUUGGUGCCAAAGAAAGCCAAUCACAUCGCUAAUGGGCGGAUGGAGGCUCUGCCCUCUCCGAGCACAGCCACGGAAACAACCGUUUCGGCAAACAGAGAGAAAAAAGACUUGGCAGAUAAAACAUCACAAAAGAUAGAGAAAGGGGAGGGGACCAAAGAAGCCAGGCCCUCUGAGAGCGGAAAACCGCACGCGUCAUCGAGUCAGAACUUGGAUGUAGGUCCCAGUGGGCGGAGAGACAUUGGGCCACGCUGGGUAAAACCAUCUGAGGACAGGCUGGCGGCCAUGAUGGAUGGCCGCACGAUCGUCAGUAGCACGGUACCCUCUUCUCCUGCCAUGUCAGUGGCCAGCGUACUGCCCCAUCAUCAUCAACUUCGCUCCCGAAGUUUCGUGCCCGGCGCAAACCGUGGCUCUAACGCCUCACAGUACGACAACGUUCCAGAGUCCGAUGGAGAUGUUGCAGACAUUUCAGGUAUCACGCAAGUUUCAGAACCUUCUCAUCAGUACGUGGGACCAUCUGUUAGACAAGGAAGCCCUACAAGGCCCCCUAGUGGUGGUAUCACUGCUCCAACUUUCAGAAUCCCUAAAAGUACACCCGUACACUUGAUGGCCGACCCUCACCAACCUUUACACUACACACCAGGCAUGACACCUCUUUAUUCCCCCUAUCCACCCAAAAUGCAGCCCGAGAACAGAGCCUAUGGAGUGAUAUAUGAUGAAUGGGCUUAUGGUACUACAGUACGCUCCACACCCCCAAAUCGCUCACCAGAAAAAUCACUGAUGAAUAACUACAACUACACCACAUACCGGCGCCAGCCAAUAAAUGCAGAUCUUGCAGGCCAGAUGGACAGCCUUGUUGAAAGCGGGUAUUUCCCGAGGCAGCCUACUGGUCACGUAGAUCAGCGAUAUGAGAGGCAGUGGCAAGGCCAAGGCUGGCACGGUGAGAUGGACGUGGAUGUGGCGCCCCUGCGCACUCCGGGUGGGUUACCCCGCUCAUCAAGCUUUCAGAAAGCCCAGCUCUCACCUCUGCACCCCAGUCAGGAGUUCAGCUUCCCACCAGUGCCAGUCACAGACGGCGUUAUACACUACAGAGCUGUGACCGGCAGGAAACAGAUGAAUACGGUGUUCGGAAGACCUCAUUACCGACAAGAGGCCUUUGCCAUGCAGGAGUCCAUGCUGCUCUGAGAGCGAGAGAGACAGAAAGAAAGAGUGAGACAGGAUGUGAAAUGGUGAGAGAAGUUGAGAUGUGGACCAAAAGAGUGAGAGAAGUAUGGUUAGAGUGAGUGAGAGAGAUUAAGAUAUGGACUUAAAGAGUGUGAUUAAGAAAUAUGGAGUAAAAAAGUGAGCGUGUUAUUGAGAAUCAAUGAUGGAUGGAAAGUAUAAUUGCUGGUUAUCUUGAAAAGUGUGUGUGUGUGAGAGAGAGAGAGAUCUGUUUGUUUGGUUUGUUUAGUGUUUGGUUUGUUUACUCGUUGUGAGACUCUGUCGUCAGCGUCUUUACUGAACCGAUAUGGCAGGUCCCACCAGAUCCAGGUGUUUAUACUGAUCAAGCAUCAAGGACCGACUAAAGAUUUAUUUUCUUCUUUUUCUUCUUUGCUUAAAUAUCCUAAUACUUAACAGCAACAUAUUUUUUACAUUGUACAGAAAGGUUUUUUUUUCCACACAUAUUUAUCCAUGCUUGUCAAUAGCAUGAAUUGGAGAGAAAAGAAAACACGAAAAAAAAAAAUCCCCAUAUUAUUUUUUCCAUAAUUUAGUUUUCCGUACAUAAAAUCUUUAUAUGUAAAUAAGGAAUACACAUUUUUGAGCUUGGGUGAUUAUAUAAGGUUGUGAAUAUGAAAAGAAUAAGCUAAGAUUCGAACAAAAAAAAAAAGUCCCUCUUAUAAAUAUUUUGUUUUUUAAUUUUAUUUUGCACAAAACGUACACCCCCCCCCCCCCCCCCCCCCCAAUAUGGAGAGAUUUCUGAGAGGUUCAGGAGAGGUGUAUGGUAUAACUGUCAGUAUACAGAGUUUGAUAAUAAGUUGGAUCCUGAAUUCCGUCAUCCUUCCACCUCGUGGUAAAACCCUAUAAUGAGCCUCAGCGCAGAUGGAGCAUCCAGCUUAUCGCACUUUGCACAAAUCUUUCCAUGGUGAGACCAGGUCAGGAUUAGAAAAGCAGAAAUGUUCAAUGUAUACUCAGGUUAGAGAUGUUUUUGUCACAAAAGCUGCUUUGGAAGAGAAAUAACAGCAUCAAAACACUAUCAUCAUCAUCAUCUGUGCAAAAAGCAAUAUCUUUAUAUAUAACUCAUUCAUUUAGCUUUAUUUAGUCAAUAUACAUGGGCUGCCAGUUUAUUAGGUACUUGUGGGUAGAGGUGUGCGCGAAUUAUUAUUCUUUACACCUGCAGGACAUACUUUCUCAAUUAUUAAUUUAGUUGUUGUUGUUAGUACUCUAACAUGUUAAUGAACAUGGUCUUUCUUUGUCCUACAGCUUUAUAUCUGACAGCAUGCAAGAAAGAAAAAACUUUCCAUUCCCAACCAUUUUGGUUGCAACCCAGGGUCCUGGAGGAUCCCACUCACGAUGCACACCUCUACUUCUACCUAUACUCACUGGCCAUUUAUCCUGGGUUUAUUAAUACAUGGGGUAGAGAGAGUGUACACCUUGUUCAGAGAAAUGAAAUGUACCCUUACUUUUAUAAGCUCUUCUCUUGGAACGUGUUCUGAAAGGAUAACCCUUUCCCGUCGCAGGGUUCUACAUAGACCCUUUAAAGGAACGCACCAAAGAACGCUUUAAGAUGCUAGAUGGAAACAUUUUUUAGUUGUACCUAAUAAACUGGCAACUCAGCGUGUAUGUAUAACUAACAAGGAGUGCAGUGUUUGCUUGGGUUUUUUUUUUUUUUUUUUUUUUUUUUUUUUUUUUUAAGUCAGUGGUAGUGCUGUAGCCAGAGCAAUCAAAAUCAGUAAGAAACACAUAUCUAACACUCCUAUGUUAGUGUUUGACAAUUUAUUCUAACUAUGAACAUGUUCAUGUUUUCCAUCAUGCAAGAAGAACAUCAGAUUUUACUCUCCUGAAAAAGUCAGUAACAGAUUACUGCUUCAGAAAAGCAGAAAACGAAACACACCUGUGAAAAAUAUCCUUUCGAUUAGUUCAAGUGGACGACGUUAUUAUCUAGUGUAAAUAAAUGAAGAUUUCAACACACACAAACUUUUUUUUUUUUUAAAAAAGUUGUCGUCGUGCCCCGUUAAUCAGAGCGAGUGGCUUCUGUCCAGCGCGUCUUUCAUUCCGGAAAAUGCAGAUACUGCAGCUUACUUCAGUAAUAAAUGUAGAGAUUAUGAACGUUGCAGAGUACUGCAGAAACAGUGCUGGUGAGAAUUUGUGUACGAUUCUGCAGUUUCUAAGAUCCAUGUACUUCAUGCAAAAUGGUUGAGUUUUAUUUGUGGAGUUGCUCUUUUUUUGUGCAAUUUUAAUGUGUUUUUUUUUUUUUUUUUUUUUUUUUUAAUUCAGUAAAUUCCACUGCAUUAGCCUGGCUGCUAGUGACCUACAGUCUGGAACUGCUAACAACUUUUCUGGCUUUUCUAUAAAUAAAUUUAAAAAACAACAAGAGUGAUAGUAAAUAUACUGGAUGUAAGUAAAGAAUGUGUACUGCGAUGUAUACACUCUUCAGCUGGUCCACAUAUUCCUUCUGCUAACACUAACGUUUUACUGCACUGCAUAAAAGUUUAUUUUCUUUGAUUUUUUGUAACGAUCAUCGAGUACUACGGGGAAUCACCGCCUUGAAGAGUUUAGAAGUACAGAAGGGUACAGUUUGAAUGGAACAGAGCCCAUGCUGUAUUCUCCAUCUAGCCUUCUCACUGGAUAUUAACUUAUUAUGAAGUGUCUUGUAUCUGUUGCACAUCUGUAUUUCAGCACCUCACCAAACAGACUACUAUAACACUUUUUUUUUAUACAGUGUACAUCACAUUUCCAUUUUAUAUCAAAUCGACAUCAUUUCUUUACACAAACUUAAACACUAAAAAUGCAUAAUAUUCAUGCUGAUUAUAUGUGUAUAUAUAAAAUAUACUUCAUGUGGAAUCUACUAAGCACAACUCUCAGGCUGACUCGUGUAUUCCCACCCACCCAUCAAUCAUUAGUGCUACUACAGGCCUGAGUGUGUGUAUAUAUUGUUAAAGGACAGUGCAUUUUGAUACAGAGUUUUAGUUGUGAUUAUUCAAACAGGAAGUUUAAUUUGUUUCUUUGUUUUGUUUUUUUGUUUGUUUGUUUGUUUAAACUACUAAAUGCAACUUGGCGAUCAAAAAUGACUUUGUCUAAUAAAAGAAACCCUCCAAGGGGUUCAUCAAUCAAA